AUCUGUCCAAUUUUUUGUUGGUACUACUAAAGAAAGCAGAGAAGCAGUAUCUGCUAGCGGUCCAAACAAUGAUAUCAUUUUCUUAGUUGGUGGGGUAUUUGAGAAUUCUAGUUAUGGUAUUCCUUUAGUUUACAUAUUUGAUACUGUAAAAAAUAUGUGGAAUACCCCUACUAUUCAAGGGAUACAGCCACCCAGACGCCAAAAUUAUUAUUCAGUCAUCGAUAUCACAGGUAAAAUGUACAUUUUCGGUGGAUUAUAUAAUGUUGAGACAGGAAAUUCAACUUCUGGCUAUGAAAAUAGAAUGGAUAUUUUAGACACUAUUAAAUUAACUUGGUCACAAGGGUCUCAACGCCAAGCUCCCACAUCGAGAGAUGGAUAUUCUGCUACCUUAUUACUAUAUAGUAUUAUUGCAUAUAUAGACAGAUUCGACAGUAUUACUGGUAGUGCUAUGAGCUUAAAUGAGAUUACCGUUGGAACCAUUCCUGAUGAACAUGGGUUUCAUUCAGCAGUGCUUGGUAAAGCUUAA